AUGGCCACCGCAGAAACCGUCGAAAUAGGCCUGGCUCAUCCUCCAAUGGAGGACUCACUCAAGGCUUUCAAACACGAGCCUGAAUACUUCCAGGCAGUGUCCAACCUCUCCGACCACCAACUGACUAAUUUCUCUCCGAGCGAUUUGAAGGAAGUCCGCCUCGCAACCUCCGCCUACGGCAAGCACCUCUUCGGCAAAGUCCUCCUGCCCGAUUCCCAGAACGCGUACUUCAUGUUCCGAGCAUUCAUCCCAGGUGAUGCUGAUACAGCCCGAUUGCAUUGUAUCCAUCUGGAGGAGAUCGAGAAACCUGAUGGAGAUAAGGUGUUCAAGGCUAUUUUCGGGAAGGAUGAUAAACUAGAGUGGUUUGAUGUUUAG